AAGUUAUAUGCAAUUUUAUUCGAAUUACUCAGAGAUAUUACUUUUAUUAUAUAAUAUUUUAGCAAUAAUAAAGUUGUACAUACAUGAUACCUUCAAUUUGUCGAAUAAUUUACUAUAUUUACCAUGUCAUAGUUUAUUUCUUGAUCUAUUUAUUAAAAAGUCAAUGUUUCAAGAGUUCUCCUUUUAAAAUACAUACAUGUACGAGUUGAUCUAUCCCAAUCCGUAUCCCAAAAUAAAAUACUCGGACUUAAAAUCAGCCUGUCACCAAUUAACCUGCCUACUGUCAUUUUGUUGUUGUCGUUUUGUUGUCAUGGUGUAUUGGUGUUAGUCCUCCAAGGUGGGAUAUUAUAUUUUACUAACCAUUCUGUCAUGGUCACCAGGACAAGAGGUGGUCCAACUGGGCGUGACUCAAUACGGACUCAGCGAGGACGAAGUGGUUCACAACUUGCUCUUCAUCCUGGGCUUUAACGCCUUCGGUGGCUUCUCCAUCUUUCUUCCCAGUCUAUUCGGCCGGUUACUCAGCGAUAAAACCGGUUUACAAGACCGGCUCCGAGUCGAGGCCAGGGAAAAUGGAGGACCAAACCUAACAUUCGACUCUGUCAAGCAAAUGCCCCUCGUCCAAUCCGUCGUCUACGAGACCCUCCGGCUCAGCCCGCCGGUCCCAACCCAGUUCGCCCGAGCCAGGAAGGACUUCACGCUCAGCUCGAACGACGCGUCGUACGAGAUCAAGAAGGGCGAGCUGCUGUGCGGGUUCCAGCCGCUAGUGAUGCGGGACCCGACGGUCUUCGACGACCCGGAGACGUUCAAACCGGACCGGUUCGUGGGCGAGAAGGGGGCCGAGCUGCUGAACUACCUGUACUGGUCGAACGGUCCGCAGAGCGGUUCGCCCAGCGAGCACAACAAGCAGUGCGCGGGGAAAGACUACGUGACGCUCACGGCGGCGCUGAUCGUGGCGCACAUGUUGCGGCGGUACGAUUCGGUCGGUGGCGAAGGUUUGAAUAUCACGGCGCCGCUUGAAAAGGCCAAGUGACGGCCGACGGGGGUAUUGAUCAAUAUCCACGGUUGUGAUUGGAUGCAGUAAGAUGGAUGCAGGGAGAAUAUUGUGUAUGUAAAGGAAAUAAACCUGAACUGCUAGGCUGGUAUGGUUUGAGUAUGCAAUAACGAAAGCCGCACGUAUACAUAUGCUGAAUUAGUAGGGGCAGUGGCGUAGCCAUAUUUUAAACCGAUGGAGGUCCUUACAAAAAUAAUUAAUGGACAUGGGCCAGCAUUCACAAACCAAGCCCAAUCGUGACACACACAACAAGCUUGGAGCUGCGGCCCACUCAUGUUGUUUAUUCACUUGUCCCUGUACUUUUACCCUAGAUGACAGUAGAGAAGGGUAAAAUAAUGAUGUAUGGCCGCAGGCCAUAAUCAAGUAAUCAAUAAUACAAAUUCAG